GAUGAAGACUCUAGUCAUCUUAGAAUCCGAUUGACUAAACAUACUAAGAAAGUGGACCUUUCAGGUUGUCUUCAAUUCAGUCCUGCCCUUCUUCUCUUAUCUGUGCUUCAUUCUUCAUAUAGCAUGGAUCCCAUUUUACAAGAUAAAAUUAAGAAGCAUUUUCUUGCUUUUGAGCAUCAUUUUGGAGAUAACUCUGAGAUUUCCUGGCAAUCAUUUCCAAUUUUGUCUUUUGAAGGAGUACACGAGGUGGAUAUAUCAAACUGUCAAUUCCCAGUUCUUAAACCUAUUGUAGAAUGCUUUUCCAGACCUCAGUGUAGACAUUAGCCCAAUUAUGCCGACCAAAGUUAGAAUUAAGUCUUCACACCCCGAUGUAACACCACAAGGAUCAAGAGGUAUCACUCCUACGGAUGCUGUUUCAUUCUCAUAUGACCUUGGUCUGCAGCAAUCAAAUAUAACUAAUCUCACGUUGGAAGGUCGAACAGAUAUAUCAGACCGUCAUCUCUUCUUUUUCACGGAGUUCUGUCCAUCCUUGUGUUACGUUAACCUCCGAGGCUGUAUAUCUUUGACUGAUGAUGGAAUAUCAGUUUUACUGCUCAAGUGCAUAAAUCUUCACUCCAUCUUCGUUUGUGAUACUUACUUUGGACGGAAUUCGGUUUUGGCUCUUUGCCAUGGUGCUUCUAAAUUUGAUGGUUCUGAAGCACUAAAGUAUAAAGACCUCUCUAGUUCUGUGGCUUCUAAACUUCAAAUCUUGCAUAUGGGCGGCUGCAAAAGUGUUACUGCAACACUUAUUUCAGAGCUUAUAUCUCAAACAACUAUGUUGAAGAGUCUUUGCUUAAGGGAGACUGAACUUGUGGACCAUGCACUAUAUAGCUUUUCAGGAUCUUGCUUAGAGAUGCUUGAUGUGUCUAAUACCAAGGUUUCUGGUCGUGCUGUGGCUCAUGUGGUCCAGAGAAAUCAUGAUCUUAAGUUUCUUGUUGCCAGAGAUUGCAGACAUUUUGUACAGGAAGAAAGCAAGAGUGAGGCAGAAAAGCCCAAUGCUUUCUCAUUUUGUUGCAGUGAGUUGUACGGUGAACUAGGCAAAUCGUGCCAAUUGGAGGAAAUUGCUGUUGGAUGGGGAUUUUCAUACUUAUCUUUUGAGGCUCUACGACCUGCAAUUAGAAUGUUAAGGGCAAUAAAUGUAGGUUUAGGUGGAUCUAUGGGCGAAGAUGGACUGAAGAUGUUGCCCACUCUCUGUCCCCAGCUUGAGAUCGUGAUUCUUCAUUUCCAGGUAAUAUCUAACUCCAUCAUACUAAAUAUCGCAAAGGCUCUGAGAAAUUUGCAAGUUUUGGCUCUUUGCUAUUGCAUUGGUGAGAUUUCAUUAUCAAGCACUAAGUUAAGCUUGCCAAAUUUGAGAAAAUUGAAACUUGAAAGAGUUUCUCCAAGGAUGACCAAUGAAGAUCUGCUCAUUCUUACUGGGAGUUGUGUAAAUUUGAUCGAACUUUCUUUAGUGGGUUGCUCACUUCUUAAUUCAGAGUCCCAACAUAUUAUUUCACUUGGUUGGCCUGGAUUGAUCUCAGUUCAUCUAGAGGAAUGUGGUGAAGUGACGGUCAGUGGUGUCACAUCGCUUUUGGAAUGUCAUGCCCUUGAAGAUCUCUUCUUACGGCACAAUGGUCCUGGAAUGCAGAGGGAUACUAUUUCUCGUGUUGCUUCAAAGAUGCCAUUACUUCGAAAGAUAUCACUCGAUGUUUGUGAUGCCAUGGAUUGUGACUUCGACAUCCCAAAUAUCACUGACAGGUAUCCCUUAAGUAGUGUGAAGAUCUCAAGAUGCAAGCUAAAAAGGUGCAGUCUAGACUUCACGGGCUACGCAAGCCGGACAGUCCCAGUGCAUGUAGAAACACUAGUGCUGGUGUGGAACAGCAACGGACUCACAACGGCUGUUGUCAAAGAAAGAUUGUAGCAUUAGAAAACUAUGCACUUAAUCGUUUUUUGUAUUUUCGAGCCAGAACGCUUCUGAGAAACAACCUCUAUACACCCUAUUGGCCCCCAAUCCUCACCCCCCACCCCACCCACCCACCCCACUACCCCCAUUCAUCAUAGCCUAGUUCAACAUUUUUGCUUCUAGUGGAGAUGCUAAUUUGUUUAGAAUUUACUGCUUCUAUGGAAUUGUUCCUUUUUGCAGAACUUAAUUGNGGCUGUUGUCAAAGAAAGAUUAUAGCACUAG